AUGCCUCGGCGUCCAUUUCGACAACGGCGGCAAUCAAUUCAUCCAUCAAACGAAGAUGAUACUAAUAAUAAUGAUAAUAGAUUAACAAAUCAAAAUACUUUAUCAACUGAGCCACCAAUCACAAUCAGAAAUAAUCCAUUGACAGCAACGGUUUCAGCACCUGACAUGUCUUCAAAUUUAUCAUCAAUACAAUCAAUGCCAUUAGCCAAUAAUGAAGAUGAUAGAAAUCGUCCCAAUGUUACAACAAGUCAGCUAAUGACAAAUAAAAUAACAGUAAACCCAAAUGUAUCACCUCUUAGAAAUCCUCAUUCAAUAAUUGCGAAAUUAACUGAUGCAAGAAAAUCUUUAUUUGGAAAAACAAAUGCACCUGAUCCUUUUUUUUCAUCAGCAGAGGAAAAUAAAGCAUUAUUAAGUUAUAUUUUAUCUGAACCACAUCCAAGCUUAGAUACAAUACAAGAAUAUGAAAAGAAUGGAGCACAAUUAAAUGCUAUAACUGAUGAGGGAAAUACGGCUUUGCAUUUACUUGCACGAGCAGAAAUACAUUCAAAAGAUUGUAUUAAUAUUGUGGAUUAUUUAACAAGAAAAGGUUGUGAUCCAAACAGACAGAAUGAUUAUGGAUGGACAGCAGCUCAUUAUGCAUUAACAACACGAAAUAAUGAUUUAACUAUAUAUUUACUCAAAGUCAUGGUUGAUGUUAAUUUAUCAACAUUCGAUGCACAUAAUGGAUAUCCAAGUCAAACUCAACUUCUUCAUAUUGCAGCGCGAAAUAAUGAUAGUGUUUUUAUACGUCUUUUAAUAAAAACUUAUAGAGCACGUGUAAAUGUUUUUGAUGAAGAUGGUUGUACACCAUUACACAUAUGUUGUUAUGAAAAUAAUAUUGAUGCAUUAAAAGCUUUACUUGAAAAUGAUGCUGAUUUUCAGAAAGGUACACGUUUAAAUUCGCAAGAAACACCAAUAACUAUAUGUGUUAAAUAUCAACAUGAUCUAUGUUUAAAAGUUCUAUUUGAAUUAACAAUGAAUUUUAAUUGGAAACGUUAUUUUUCACAAUUACCACGUUCACCGUUAUUAUGUGAUUUUCCAACUAUAUAUGCUAUUGAAUUACUUGUUGCACAUUCACUUGAUAUAGAUGCAUGUGAUGAACGUGGUAAUACAUUUUUACAUUAUUUAGUUAAUAAAAAAGAUAUUGAUUAUGAGAAAUAUAUCGAAAAAUUAGUUGCAGUAUCAGCUGAUUUUAAUCGACAAAAUCGUCUUGGACGUACACCAUUUCUUGAAGCACUUGAACAAAAAAAUUUUCAAUUGAUUGCUGCGUUUUUUCGUCAUAUUGAAUUAACAAAUAUAAAUGUUGUUGAUUCACUAUCAAAUACAGCAUUACAUUAUUGUAAAUAUUUAGACGAUAAUGUUAUUUAUGACACGGUUUUACAAUCAAAUCCAUUAUCAUUAAAUGCACAAAAUCGUGAUGGACAAACAGCAUUACAUGAUGCUAUAGUAUUUGAUAAUUAUCCAUUUGCACAAUAUCUUCUUCAACAUGGUGCUGAUCUUAGUUUAGCAAAUAAAGAUGGAAAUACACCAUUACAUUUAGCUGCAAGAGAUGAUAAUACAAAAAUGUGUAGAUUAUUAAUGAAAUAUCCACACCUUGAUUUAAUUGCAGUUAAUAAAAUGGGCAAAACAGCAUUACAUUUAGCUUGUGCUAAUGAAAAACCUAAUGUUGCUGCUAUAUUAAUUAAUAAGAUGAAAACUGAACAAAUGAAUUUAUUAGAUAUACAAGGAUGCACACCAUUACAUGAAUGUGCAGAUAAUAUAAAUGGUUCAUUAGCUAAAUAUUUAAUUCGUCAUGGUGCAGAUGGAAAUUCGAAAGAUCUAAGACAUAAUACUCCUUUACAUUUAGCAACAGAAAAAGGUAAUAUUGAACUAGUACAAACAUUAAUCAAAUCAUCAAAUAUUGAUAUAAAUCUAUUAAAUACUGAUAUUCAAUCACCACUUGGUUUAGCAAUCUUAUAUAAUCAUGAUGAUGUUGGUAAAUUUUUACUUAGUCAAGAAAAUAUUCGUGUACAAUUAACUGAUUUAAAAAUGGCUAUACAAAUGAAUAAUUAUGAAAUGAUUAAAUUAUUAAUUGAAAAAGAUCGUAAUUGUUUACGUGUACGUUCAUCAGCACAUGGUGAUAUGAUUAUACAUAUAUUUAUGAGAAAAGAUUUCAAUAAUUUAAUUUGUCUUGAAACGUUACUUUCAUUUAUAUCUGAUAAUGAAUUAUUAGCAUAUUUAUCCGAAAGUAGUUUAGCUUAUGGUGAUAAUUUACUUCAUAUUGCAGCUCGUGAAGAUACACCAAAUGCUCUAACAUGUUUUCUUAAUUUGUCUCGUGUUAAAUUUUGGUUUUGGGCUAAUAUGAUGUUAUCAAAAAAUAAUGAAAAUAAAACACCAAUGGAAUUAGCAAAUAAAUUUCGACAUUAUGCUGUUAUUAAAUUAAUUAAUUAUAAAUGGAAAGAAUCCUAUGAAUAUUUAUCACAUUCAUUACGUGAUGGUCAUUGUGGUGUAUCACUAACUGGUGUUACACAAGCUAAACGACAAUGUUUUAAUUGUGAACAAACAGGUUUAAUUGAAUUAACAUCUGGACAAAGUAUACGACCAUGUGCUAAAUGCAAUGUUUGCUUAUAUAAAUCACUUGAUAAUAGUAUGCAAAUAUUUUUAGCAUUAUUAUUCAGUGAUGAAUCAAGUACUAUUGCACUUGAUAUCAUGGAUUCAUUAAUUGUUGUUAAUGAAGUACAAAAAGCUAUUCAUCUUUAUCUUGAUCAUAUUGAACCAUGGGAAGAAUUUGAUAAAAUUAAUUUAAGUGAAUCAUCAAAUCUUAAUCAAUUAGUAUUUGCUACUGAUAGUCGAAUGCGAAAUGUAAACAAUCGUUCUAAAGAAACAGCUUCAACCGUACCAUUCGUACAAAUUAAUUCUGGUGCAUCAUUAUCAUCAGUUGCUACAAAUAUAUCAAUAGGUCCAUCUACAAAUAUUAAUCCUUUUUUAAAUCCACCUGGACCAUCUCUUACUAAUAUAUCAGAAUCAACAACAAAUUCUGCAUAUGUUCCUCCCACGCCGGGUAUAACGAAAUCUCGACCUGAUGGCACACAUUAUCGUCCAAUAACACCAUUAGAAGCUAUUUUUUAUCAUGAACGUCUUGACUUAAUAACUCAUCCACUUAUUAAGGGUAGUUGA